AAAUGAAACAAAACUCUGUUAUUUGUUAGAGAAAUUUACAGUCGUGGUAAUGAAUGUUGAGAUUUAAAAUGGAGCAUGAUCUUCUCAAUUUUCCAUAUAAUCCAGAUUAGUUUACUCGGGUUUGUUCGGUAUUGCUCUCAAAUCUGUUUGAAUCUGCAGACCGGCAGACGGAUAAAAAUAACUCGCACACGGCCGGUAUAAUUUAGAUUUCUUUUCAUCUAAACAUUGGUAUAUCGUAAUGACUGCGUCGUCGAAUAUUAAUGCUGAACAAGAAAUUGAAGAUCCUGUUGAGCGGAUGUUAAAGACAACCGGUUGCAUAGAAUUACAUUAUCAAGUUCAAGAGUGUAUAGCGGAACAUCAGGACUGGAGAAAAUGUCAAAAUGAAGUAAAAAAGUUUAAGGAAUGCAUGAAUAAACACACAAAGCAGCAAGAACAAAGACAUUAAUAGUGCUUUG